AUGGCAGCUUUCAACUUCACUGUAUCUGAAUCUCCAACAUUCAUCCUAAUGGGCAUCCCUGGCUUGGAAGCUGCCCACGUCUGGAUUUCCAUCCCUUUCUGUGCCUGCUACGUUAUCGGCCUGGUGGGAAAUUUCAUAGUUCUGUUUGUUGUAGGCAAAGAACAGACCCUGCACCAACCGAUGUAUCUGUUGAUCUGCAUGCUGGCGCUCACCGACAUCGGCAUAUCUACAUCUGUUGUGCCGAAGGCCCUGUGUAUAUUUUGGUUUGAUUUGAAAGGCAUUACUGAAGGUGGGUGCCUUACCCAGACGUUCUUCCUCCAUGCAGUUUCUGUGAUGCACUCAGCCGUCCUGGUGACAAUGGCCUUUGAUCGCUACGUGGCCAUAUGUAACCCUCUGAGAUACACCACCAUCCUCACCAAUGCACGCAUCGCUAUGCUAGGGCUAGUGGGUUUGAUAAGAUCUGUUCUCUUUAUGCUGCCCCUACCCCUGCUCCUCAGCAGGCUGCCAUUUUGUGCCAACCGGAUUAUCCCCCACACGUACUGUGAGCACAUGGCUGUGGCAAAGCUGUCAUGUGGGGACAUCGCAGUCAACAGGACGUAUGGUUUGGUGAUGGCAUUUGUAGUCAUUGGGUUAGACCUGACUCUCGUUGCCUUGUCCUAUUGUCUGAUCAUCAGGGCCGUCCUCAGAAUCUCCUCCAAGAAGGCCCAUCCGAAGGCUCUCAACACCUGCACUGCCCACAUUUGUGUGAUGCUGAUAUCUUGUAUUCUCUUCCUGUUCUCCACCCUCACACACCGGUUCGGUCACGGCAUCGCUCCCCACAUUCAUAUCAUCUUGGCUGACCUCUUCUUCCUCAUCCCCCCCAUGCUGAACCCCAUCAUUUAUGGGGUCAAAACCAAAGAGCUUCGUGUCAAAGUGAGCCAAUACACCUGCAGAAGGUGA